AUGUCUGUGAUCGUGCCGUUUGUGGAAGCAAUUGUUACCAACCAAUGCCGACACAGAAGGGUGUUGUUGCGUUCUCUUCCCCCGAUCAGGUCACUCUCCUUUCUUCGCGCUCAAACCAGAUUAAGAACGAAGGCGCCAGCCGAGGAGAUUGCUCCAGAUGUCGCAUUUGAAGAAGAGAGUUACCCUUCGUAUAAUCCUCAAGCUGCUCUCGAGGUACAUCCGGGCGACGUCCUGAAUGGCAGAUUCUGCCAGAAGCUCACUCGCCGCAGAUGGAGAUGGCAACGCGACCGUUACGUGGUGCUGAAGUUCCAGGAUUGCAACUACGCGCCAGAGGAUGUCGAACAUGAGCUCAGGAUCUUAAAACACAUUGCUAGUGCAAACCCAUCCCAUGAGGGGUCGAACUUUGUUCGCACCAUUGUCGACUCUUUUGAUGUGCCAAGGCCUGACGAUCUCAAGCAGAGCAACAUUCUCGUGCCCUUUGAAGACGAAUCUAUCAUCGAGGAGUUCGCAAACGAGAUUUUAGAUAUCCCUAUCCCUAUGAAAAAGGGUAAAGACCGGACGGUGUAUCAAUCCUUUCACCUCGGCAAGCCUAGAAGUUGGGCCCUCUGGCCCAAAAUUACAGACUUUGGACAGGCCAAGAGGAUAAAUGAAUCGGAAAUGAACAUCCUUCCGAUCCAGCCAGAGGCGUAUCGCGCGCCGGAAGUCUUCCUAGGGACAGGCUACACGUAUAGCGCAGACAUCUGGAAUUUGGGGGCAUUGAUAUGGAUGCUUAUGGAAGGAAAAGAUCUCUUUUGUAGGUCCGACAUUCCCAGCGGAACGCCCCGUAGCCACGUACGCCUUGCCGAGAUGAUAGCUCUCCUGGGUCCUCCUCCACCAGAACUCGUCGAGCGCGCAAGGGAAGCCCAGAAAUGGAAAUGGACUCCUCGGGUCCGUAGCUGGGAAACGGGUGAACUGUGCGACAAUAUCAACGACUUCUUCGUUGGACCAUUCUUUGACGAAGAUGGACGGUUCCUACACAACGAUCUUAUUCCGAAGAAUCUGAAACUGGAAGAUACCGUUACCGUCCUGGAAGGGAAUGAGAAGCAGCUGUUCCUUGAUUUCGCGAAGAAGAUGCUUCGGUGGCUCCCAGAAGAGCGCCAAUCUGCAGCUGAACUGCUACAUGAUCCUUGGCUUCGGUCCAAUCUACCUCAAAAGUAG